GAGAACAGUUGUCGAAUCGACUCUACCAUAUCUACUCGUAUUUUUAUCGAAACUGUAGUGUUCGUGACUUGAACGCGGGUGAUAUUGGAAAUUUAUUGUGUGUUUCUGUGUUUAUAUAUGUUGUUUGUGUUAUCAAUAGUGCGUUAUGGUGUUUUUGUGUGAAUAACGUGAAACUACUUUAGGGUAACAAUGUCUAGUAGUUGACAUGUUUAUCUGUGUCGUGUGUGAAGAUUUUCCCUUGGCGUGAGGAGGUGCCGUGCGCUAGUGUGCGCGCUGGCGCCCGUGUGCGUGCCGCGGCCGUAGUAAGCGGCGAUCCAAUGAUGGAUUGCAUUUCCAUGGAUGUAUAGGAUGUGAGCUCCUUCGUCAGUCCAUCAAUGACGGUAACAUUCAUAUGACCACAGUGGACAAUGCGGUCACAAGCUUCUAAAACCUUACCUAAGAAAGGGGCUACAGGAAAAACAGCUGUUAAGGGUAAUUCUGGCACUAAAUCUAUAAAAAAGAAAGUCAUCGCGCAAAAAAAGGUUAAAACCUUACAAAAGACACUUUUAAAGAGUGUUAAGAAAAAUACACAAAAAGAUCAGAAAGAUGAGGUUUCGUGUUCAACGAGCAGCGCAGCCCCAGCUGUUGAAGAAACUAAAGAUCAAUGCGGGGAGGCAAAAGAUGAAACAUCAAAAACUAGUCAACCAAGAAGUAGCUCGCCAACGAAAAAACUUAAAAAAGAGCCAAAGGAAAAGAAAGACGCGGCUAAAAAUACCCCAAGCAAUGUAAACACCAAAGUAGCUGCACCUAAAAAAUGUGUUAGAGCUCCUAAAAAAACAAAUUCAGCAGUGAAACUUGAUAAUGUUGACGUUAACAAUGAUGAUGUAAAGUACAAAAUAAAUGUAGAUUCAUUGAAAAAAAAUCAAAAUUCUUCUAAGACAAAACCUGUAAAUAGAAAAGCACAGACUCCUAAAAAGAAAGGAGGCAAUGUUACAAAACUAGAAUCGCAAGAUAAAGAAAAGAUAUUGGAAGAAGAUAAAAAUGAAGAAGACAAACAAAUCGACAAUAAUGAUAAUAAUACUUCUAAUAAUACCAAAGCAGACACUUCUGUCGAAUCAUCUAAGGAGAAUACAAAUGAGACUAUCGUUCAAGAAAGUGUUGAAAGUAAUAAAAGUGUUGUUGAUAAUUCAACGCCAAGUAGUAGUGCGUCGUGUAGUACUUCAACAAGGAGUCAAAUAGAAACACCUAGAUCUGAAUCAGAACGUCCUCUGAAAUUUUUUACUUCAAGCCGGUCCCCGAGAACAGUUGAUAUAGAUGUGAAGUGUUGUAAAUAUUCGAAAGGCAAUGUUAGUGCAUCUGAAAGAUUCUUACCAAUGAAAUGUGAAACGAAAAUAGAUGAACACGCUAAAGAAAAAAGUACAUCUAAUAACCUAGUGUCACAAGGGUCUGAAUUUGAUGUUUAUACUUUUACAGAUAAAGUUGAUUCACCUAAAAGCAUCUUGUCGGAUUAUCGUAUUACGAACAACAAAAGCAUAGGCAGAGUACGACCUAUAGCUCGGGUUAAGGGUACAGUUGUUGAUAAAAAAACUGAUACCGAAAGGAAAAAAUAUUCUCCGCAUAGACCUAUCGAAGUAGUAGUUCAACAACUCAAGGCAAACAAGCGGUCAGAGGAUUCAAAUAGUGGUCAAAGAUCGGUCGGUGGCCGAGUUUCUGACACAGAAUUUAAUGUCGGUAAUGUUGAAGAUAAUCCACAACCUAUUGUGAGUAAAUCAUAUAAAAUGGUAGCACGUAAAUCGAGCAUAACGGGAAAACCAUUUAGCCCUAUCAAAUUUUUUGAUCACGAAUCUUCUUCCCCAAAAAGUGACCCACCGUCUUCCCCUGUGAAAGUAAACGCAAAGCAGACAUUAAUAAAGAAACAAAAAAAGCAAAGUAGAUUAUCCAAUAAGGAAAUAGAUAAUUCUAAAUUUACUUUGAGUAAGCAAUCUCUUAGUUAUACUUCUUCAGAGGAAAGUGUUAAUGAUUCUAAUGAUGACAAUGAAUCUAAAGAAUCAUCUGGAUCUGACAGUCCUAAAGCCAAAAAGACAAAAAAUAAAAAAUUCAAGCGAAUUACAGAUAGCCAGAAAAAACCUGCAUCGAAAGAAUUAAAAGAACUAUCGAAAGAUUCUCUUAUUGAUCUCAAAGAUGACUUUUCUGUAUUGUGUAAUGAAAACCCGAGUAAAAGGAGACUGAAGUUGUUGUCUAUGUGGGCAGGACCUAAAAAACAUAGAAUGGCUUCUUUAAAUGCUAUAGCUAAAGUUCACUGUCUAUACGAAAAUGAAAGCAGAACGCAUAUGGAAUUAGGCUUAAUGAAGACGGUGGACCGUCAACCGAUGCCGAGUACGUCAAAAACGUCGUAUAACAAAAAGAAGGAAAAGUCAAGAGAUGUCGAGAAACAAGACAGCACUUCAGAAUCUGAAUACGAAGUUAGGAAUGACAAAAAAGAGGAAAGUUCCGAAAGUUCUGAUGAUAAUUUACCACAAAGGACUUUGCGUGGAGUUCCCGGUAUUAGAAGUGCAGGUAAAUAUUGGGAUCCUAAAUCAUCCACGUCUUCCAGCGAGGAUAGCGAAAUAGAACAAAAGCCGAAGACACCAGAAAAAAAGAAAACCAUUUCAAAGGUUCCAAUUCCAAAGCCUGAUAAUGACAAAUCUACUAAGCUGAAGAAGACCGCUGGUAUUUCUGUUAAGAAGAAACGUAACAGAAACGAAGUUGUCAUGGAUUUAAAGGAUAUGGUCGUGCAGAAGCGUAUGGCUAGCUUGAAUGCUACGGCAAUUUUGGCAGCAAGCUAUGAAAAGCGCUCUCCUAAAUCCAGCAAAGAUGAAACUACUUCAGAUUCCUGUAGUGAUGAAUCAUUUACUCAUAAAUCAAAAAACGUGAUCACGGCCAGCGUAAAGUCUGAGCUGAAAAAUGAAGAGACUAAAAAAGAUGUGGAGGACACUACAGUAACUGAUAGGAAACAGAAAGUUGAAGUAAUUGUUAACCAAGAAUCAGACGUAACAAUAACCGGGGUAUACUCAACACAUCAUCACGAAGGUUUUUGCACUGUCUCAGGAAUGCAAUACCGUAUAUCGUCCACAAGUCACACUCAGACGACAGCGACGGCUAACUGCGAAAAGGAGGGAUGCCCACGUGAGGAAGGGUCCCGUUAUACGCCCCUAUCUGCACUAUCUUCUAUGCAGCCGCCUGCGGAACAUCCUCACACACAUCCACAUCCUGUUCCCGAGCUGGGUGGUCUCGCUCGCCGCGCCGGCUGUUCCAGUGCAUUUUCAGCGCCUUCUCCCUCCGCACAUCAUGAUCCAGGUAAGCUAAGCGAGACUUGCAGCUUGUGUGACGUCACACCACACGUGUCACCUUACGGAUAUUACCAGCCCGCGGGGCCGCUGAUCAAGGAGAGCGGUGCUGAAGCAGACAGGGCUCUUGGCAGAUAUCAUCCCGCGCCACAUUACCACCCGCCGCAUCCAUCGAUGCUGCAGCAGUAUGGUCCGCCACCGUACUACCCCGCGGAGCUGUGCUACGGGCGGUACUACCGGCCGCCCGGGCCCUAUCACAUCCCGCCGCCACAGCCUGAUGCUCCGAUGGUGGGAGUAGGCAGCGAUCCGUACCCGCCGCCACAAUACUACGGCUCACCACCCUGCUACCAACAUUCACCACAAAGAAUACCAUACGUCGAGUAUCGUGGAUGCCCGUGCCCAUUAAACGCGUGUCCAAAAAACGUCCUUAUUGGGCCCGCUACUGGUAAAGCCCCAGCCGGUGGCGGCCCCGCCGACGUCCUCGCUCUUGCGCCGCCCGGGGGCGCCUUCCGCGGGAAGGUGCGGGCCUGCGCCCUGGACUCCGCCGCCGACACGCACGGCAGCGGCAAGGAUCCACCGUUAGAGCCGGAGCCGCCCGCCGCGGCCGACGCUCCCCAUCCUUGUCCGCUGCCGACUAUCGGCGGUGCAUCGCCCAAACGUGAACUGUUCGACGUUCGCGACAACCUACGCCGCGCCGGGGAUAUGCCCAACACCGGCGAGGCUCUCGGCCCGCCUUCGCCUGCCAGAGGGUCUGCGGGAGCCUGCGCACCACAGCCACCGCCUGUCGCGCCCAGGCGAGCCAGGCUCGGCAAAGCCAUGGCCAGGCGGACUCUGGCGGGCGACGACACGGGCUUUCUCUUGUCAACACCUCAGCAACCGACACCACAUAGUGACGUCGAUGAUGAUGUGCUCGCCAUCUCUCCCCCGAUCUGUGUACCGAUAGACCUAUCGUCAUCAGACGAACGAUCGACGCCCCUCGUCGACGUAAAAAAAGAAAACGAAGGCCCCACGUACACACAACCGAGGAAGGUAGAAGCGCAAGCUCUUAGGGAACAUAACAGCACGGCGGCGCUUCCCGAAAUACCUGAUUUGACGGAGGCUAAUAAAGCCGUUAAGAGAAGGUACUCGAAGCCCAAACUUGAAAUCGAUAUGAGAGAUAUACAACUGGAUGAUACGUGUAAAACUAAUGGAAUUGGGGAACAUGUAAAACUACAGAAAAGAAGAAAAGUAUCAGGCGACCACACCGAUAUUGUUAGGAUAGAAACUGUAACAAAGGAAGCUAAAAAGAAAACGACGCCCAGUACCAAGAGAACGCCCAAGUCGCCGCCCGCAGAGAAAAAGAAUCUUAAGAGAAAAUUAGAGAACAUGACUAACGGGCCUAAAUCUAAAAAAGCUCUAAUCGAAAUGAUAGAUGAAGAUCCCCGCCUUAAAAAUAUCGCAGCUGUGACGGAGGAGCCGUGCAUAAAGAAGACAAAAACAAAAAGUGCACUUCUUCUUGACAAUUUAAUAAGAAAAAACAGUAUCGAUGGCAAAGGUUACGCGUCCGACAAGGAGCUGAAUCCCGCAGAGUUAUUUUUGCCACCGAACGAAAACGUUGCACAAAAUGUUACGAAGAAAACUUUAAAUAUUAAUAAUAACAUUGUUGAAAAUACCUCACCCACGAACGGCGUGCGGCCGAAAACGAUAGCCGCCGUGAGCCAACUCAUAGAAAAGAAACUAGCGUAUAAGAACGCUUGCAAGAUUGACUCAAAAAUCACGCACAACUUAAAAUCAGUAUUAAAAACGCCCACCGAUACUUCUGACUUAACGGAAGACCAUACAAGUAAGGUCCCAUUUAGCAGCGAUGCAACCUCAGACACUAAGGUUAUUGAUAAAUGUGAAUCAAAAUUAAUUGAAGACAAAAGUGAAAAAGACAGUAGCAACGAUGGUAUCACAAAUGGGGAUGUAGUCAAGGCUGUGAAAACGUUAAAAAUCAAUAAGACCAAACCUGCAUCAAAUCAAAUAGAAACAAAUCUCAAACCCAAGUGUGACAUUACCUGUAGUGUCGAUGAAUCUCAGUGCAAACCCAGUAAAGUACAGGAUCCAGACGAGGGGCCGAAAGAUGUCGAGACAACGGUGAUAGCAGACAAAUUGUUAAAGAAACCUAAAUCUACGAUAGAAAAAUCUAGCGGGGAACUCAAGGGCAAAAACGUCGAAAAGGUCGUUAAAUUGCUAGUUUCAAAGAAACAAGCGAAAGCGAAGAAAGUAGAUGAACCGCCGCCAAGCCAGAACCAAUUGGACCAAAUAGAAGAGAAGACGAAAAAUGAAAAGACAGGGAAACGAUGUAAACUAGGUAUGGAUAAAGAAUCAAGGGGGAAGAGCGUGGAGAAGUUAGCAAAGCUGCUGGUGUCAAAAAAGACCGCUUUGAAAAUGGACGAGGCCACAUUGCUGGUAGAGGCGGCUUGCGCCUCGCCCACCCCCAGCGCUGCGACGCGCGGCGGCAGGCGGCGGCGCAGCGGGGGGCGGCGCGCCCGCCGGGCCCCCGCACCCCUCGCACCCGACGCGCUGCAGCCGCGCCCCCCGCGCCCACCGCCGCGCUGGAGCAACGGCUGGAACUGGGACGGCGAACAUUACGUGUCCAAAGUCUACCUCAACAACGACUCGCGACUGGACCGCACGGCGCGGUGCUGGGCGCGCAUGUGGCACGCGAGCGGCGACCGCGUGGCGCGCGGAGACUGCGUGCUACUGCGCGCCUCCCUCGCGCGCGCUCAACCCUUCGUCGCGCGCGUCGCCAGCCUCUGGGAAAACCCCGACGAUGGCGAGAUGAUGGUGUCCCUGGUGUGGUACUACCGGCCGGAGCACACGGAGCGCGGUAGGCAGGACGAGGACGCGCCCGACGAGGUGUUCGCCUCGCGCCACCGCGACGCCAACUCCGUCGCCUGCAUCGAGGACAAGUGCUACGUGCUCACAUUCAAUGAGUACUGCAGAUAUAGAAAACGGCUAAAAGCAUCAGAGGAGGGCAUCACGAUGGCGCCGUCCAUCGUGCCGCCGCUGCCGGCGAGCGAGGUGACGUCGACGCUGGCGCCCAACGACACCAAGCUGCCGCCCUCCGUGUCGCCGGAGCUGGUGCUCUUCUGCCGCAAGAUAUACGACUUCAGGUCCAAGAAGAUACACGUGCCCAACAAAUGAGAGCUCGCACAACCACACGUGCUCGCCGCUCACUCGGCUGACGGUUUAUUUCACCUCUAUACGGAUUCGUCUCACGGUUAGGCGACACAAUAAAUCUUGUCGAAGUAAGAACUUAUUAGAAAAGUGAAUACCAAAGUCGCUUUUCACAUUCGAUGGAUUGGUUGACGACACGGAUGAUAAAAAGUUGUAUUAAAUUCGUGUCGUCGAGUCCACUUUAUCGUUGGAGUUUAACGUAAUAGAUGUAUUAUUAGUGUCACGAUCCCCAUCCUCCAAUUAGUACAAAUACACGUGUAGCUGCCCCCGCGCCAGCUUCACGCCAACUUAUAUUUGUAUGUAAGAGCCGAUUGAAUCUUAUGUUGCCUGUGUCGUGAUUUGUCGUAGAUAAAAUAUCCCGUGUGAUUAAUUUGCUGGAUUCCUGAUAAUGUCGGAUUAUUAUAAACAAUUUUAUCAAUGGAUGCCUUUUAUAAAAUGUAAGUAGUCGUAAGAGUCGUAAAGCAUAAUGUGAAUAGAGAUAUGUUUGUUUUGCUUUUGGGGUGAUCUAAGUCCUUUAUCGAUUUGUUAGAUUGCGAAUCGUGUGCUCGGGGACUUAUUUUGCGUGACUGAUUCUCGUAGUUUUACAGCUGCAUAGACACUAUAAAGCAUUUAUAUCGAUACGAUUUCUUUCCUUUUGUUAUUGUAGAAUCUGUAUUAAAUUAUUUUUUACAUAAUUUCGUGCAUGAGAUGUUUGCAGUAACUGUUUUUAAUACGUUCGAAUAAAUAAUGUAGUAUACUUCAAUAAGUGCGUUGAUAUAAGAACUAGUAUAGAUCAAUGAGAUUUAAAUCCCAAAGAUCAAUUUUAUAUACAAACUUAAAGAGAUAUUUAUCAAAAAAUGGGAUGAUUUCAUUUGUAUACUGGUUUUAAUAUCACCUCAAUAGUUGUAAUAUUUGCUGAAGCCCCUGCGUGUUUUAAUCAUUGGCUAAACCUUAUUAAGUUGUCUAUUUCUCUAUUUUUUGCUUUGAAUUUAAAUUUGUAUAGAUGACAACAUUUUUCAGACAUGGCAGUCAACAAACACCUAACAUAAUGAACUUUACACGUUGUUUAUAUUGCAUUGGAUACUUACCAAUAUUUUUAAACUUUGUGCUGCCUUUUAAGGAAUUGAUUUUUCAUUGCAUUUCGGUCAUUACUACAAUUUAUUGGAAAAAAUCAAAUGGUUUGAUUUCAAAAAAUGUUUUUAAAAGAAAGAAGACUGAUUUUACGAAAACGGCAACAGAUAAGAUCAAUAUGUUUUUUUGGUAUAUUCAACUGGUUCGUUCAAUUCUUAAGUCAACCUUUUUCUAGAUUCGCAGUAUUUAACAUUAUUGAAAUAACAAGUGGGAACAUUGUAACAUAUUUUAAAUGUAAUAUUAGAGCAUAGAUUUAAACAUAAAAAAACACAGAUGUGUUAAAAAGAAAAAAAAUCAAAUUCAAAUUUGAUAUUUAUUUGAAUGAAGCAUCAUCGAUUUAGAAAUUCAUAGGCCGCCGUCUGUUCGAGUUGAUAUGGGGAAAGACUAACAUUUUUUAAGUUUGGUGAAUUUUACUAAAGUCUAAAUAAAUAAAUUUACAUAGAACAUGUGUAAGAAACUUCGUUGCAUUUUUGUUUGUGAAUAAAUUUCAACGAGUUCGGAAUAUAGCUUCAUAUUUCGUGUGUGAAAUUCUUGUAAAGGGCAUUUAAAUGAUUGUGUUUUACAUAUAUUUAUUUUCUAUCCUAUAUUUAGUUCGUGUAUGUGAUCACGCUGCCUAUUGUUUAAGCUAUUUUUUUUGUAAAUAUUCUCAUUUUGUUAGUAGUACUUUCUUUGUUAUCUUUCCAGUGAGAUUAUUUUCCUUAUUCGAACAUAUGAUGAAAAAUCUGUAUAAUCGUGGUACCAAAAUUGGUUUCAAUGCAUAUUUAUUAAUGAAUUUUUAUACUGUUUUUACUCAGUAUCAUAUUUGUAUACAGGUUUUUGAAAUGUUCGAGAAAAAUCGAACCUUUUGCAAAUGAAGAAUGUAUAGAAUUGUU